GUAUACCGACGUCACAAACAUCAGCCCGUUGAUCAGCCCGGGAUGAGGCUCACUCGCGACUCAUUCUGUGUUACCACCAGCAACAAAGGUGGUGGUGUUGGGGAACGACAAAUUGCUAUUACUUGUUUUUCCUGCAGUUGCUGUCAGAACUGUAUCGCCGGCUAUCACGGAGAACGAAGAAAAUGACACCCCCUUAUGGUUUGGGCACAUAGACGCUGUCUCUCCCUUGCCUUCAUGUGCAGCAAAACUAACAUAAUUCCAACUAGCUAGGUGACAUGGUAUCCAUAUAUUAAAUGAAUCCGUAGCAUUCCAGGGGCUUGAGAAGCCUUUGCUUUAGCUCUGAGAUAAUACGCCGUUUUUAUUCUCGUUGCGGGUACAAAGCCCUUGCAGCUCCGUUGCGCAUCAGAAAGCGCAUGUCAGAAGAGCAUCGCAAGAGCACCGCAACAUUUCGUGGACUGCCUGCGAACUCCCGCUUGAUGGGACUUAAAAGCUGUGGUGUACGAGUUUUAUUUCGUUUGAAAUAUUCCAAACAAGAUAAUGUUGCGCGCCGCAGCAAACACGCUGGUGCUUGGGUUGCUUUUUUUUGGAUUCUUGCACAGUUUGGAAGUAAUCGUUCCAGCCAGAGCCAUCGACGGGCCAAGGGUUUCCAGCACCAGAGGAUGACUAACGGGGCCAUGAAUGUAGAGAUAGGAAACCCAGCGUACAAGAUCUACGAGGGUGAGCCAGACGACGAUGCCGGGGAUCUUCUAGACUCUGACUUCACACUGGACCCAGACAAGGUAAACAAGCCCACCAACUUCACCAACCCAGUGUAUGCCACCCUGUACAUGGGAGCCCACAACAGCCGCAACUCCCUGGCCAGCACAGAUGAGAAGAAGGAGCUUCUGUCACGGGGGGAUGAGGAGCCCCUGGUGGACCCGCUAGCAUAAACUGUCUAUUAGCCUGGGGCGUAACAUUCCAAACACACCCCUCUUUUUGCCUUUGAAAGAAAAACAGAAAGAAAAUAAACAGAAAAGGCGUGCACACUGUAUAAAUUGUACAAAAAUCAACCUUUUUGUAUGUGAUUGCAGUAUUAUAUUUUGUCCUUUUACGAUUCCUCUGGUCAAAAAUGAACAAAAACAUUUUAUAGAAUACAUUUUUGCGUGCACAAGGGGAAAAAACUAUUAGAAGAAAAACCAAUUUGGAGCAAUUUGUUUUGUAUUAAUUGUAUAGAGAAAAAAAAACAUUGUUCUAUUUAAUUUUGUUUGUGUUAAUUUUGAGCCGGGGAAUGGGGAACUCUGUUUUGUAAGUCGGUACCAAUGUUGUCUUGAUGACAGUUUUGUCUGCAGGGGUGUAAGACAGGAAUAAUACAGUACGAUUUGUGUACAGCACGUGUAAAAUGUCAAUACCGGAUGGCAACUUAUUUCCAUAUUAUUUUGUCAGAAAACUAUGUUCAUGAAAUUGUUUUCUUUCUUGCACGGACAAUGUUUUAUGGUGUAUAAUACCGUAAGAUGUAAGGCAGGUCAAUAUAUGUUUGUUUCUAUCCUUAAGGUGUGUAGGGCUCAUGUGACGUUAAAAUAGCGUAAUCAAAGUGUUGUUGAAGCGACUGAGAAUGAGUGACUGACUGAUUACUGGUGCGAUGUGAUGAUUAUGAUGAGGUUGAAGAUUCCAGGCUUGGGAAUGGGUCCAUAUAGUGGGCUGUGGGUGUGCCCAGUUCCCAUGUCACGGCAGGUCAGAGGAUGCUAACGAUGGGACGGACCAGGUAUACUGUGAGAAGAUGUGUGACACCUUCGCUGAGAAGGUCACCAAUCUGCACCCCUUCAGUGGACUGUGGUGCCAGAGGACAAGUGUCUUAGUUACAGCUGUGUGGAUGGACAUAGAAAGGAGAUGGGAUAACUAAUGGUCUAAGGUAUGUUUGUUUUUCGCAGCAUUUCCUCAUGUGGUUUAUGUAAGGGCUUGCUUGACUGAUCUCCUGGCCCUGUCAGAUGUCAGUACAGAUGAAUCCUUCUAACCUGAGAAAAUGAGUUUUGUGGUUUAAUGGUUUUGUAACAGCUCUCUCUGAAGGGCAUUCAUUUCUUUAUUUUUGACUGUUACGUAGCGUUUCCCUCCACUGUUCUUCCUUUAGCCGUUUCUGAUCAUCUGUCUUUUUGUACCUUGCUGCUAACACUGCCGUUUCGUUGCCCUGACGUGUCUAAGCUCAGCCACUGUGCUGCUUCUGUCAGGUGAUCAAACAUAUUUUAAUGCAUGUGAGAAAAGGCAAACAAAUGUUCAAGUAACUAGAAUAACAAAUCCAUAUUUUGCUUACUUGUCAGCAAGUGUUAUUUUUGAUUUAUGCGGUUGCAUUUUAUUUAAUUUUUUUUAAUUGAAAAGGAGAUACAAGUACAAUCAUUUUACUUUAAAGAAUAUUUUUGCAAAAUCAUACAUGCAUUCUUGGAUUUAAGUUGUUUUUGAUGAGUCCUUUGUUUUAUGAGAAAUUACACAUAGCUUUUAUAGUACAAAAUGCAUGGAGGCUCAAACUUUAUUCUGGAAAGAGAAUGUUUGUUUUUGGUAAGAGUACUUUCAAGCUAAAUAACAGAUUGUUAUAAAUACAAUUUUGUUUUCUGUACAG